GAGGAGUCUCUGUUUUUAGAGCGUGCCUUCGGACGGUCAACACGUGGGGAGGAGAGACAAGAGGCACACACACAUACAUACACACACGAAGCGGGGGGACACGUUGGGAUUGUGCUGGGCCUUGAAUACGUAACAUUAAUAUUAUACGGUGGCGGUGCGAGGGACGCAUAAACACGGUGUAGCUGCUAGGGUCUAGAGGAGAUGCCACUGAGGUUCCGGUCCUUUGUUCCGUAUACGCUUCCUGGAGUGCUGGCGCUCAUAGGCUGGUGGUGGUACAUCUCCCGCAAGAAAGAGCGAAUCACCAGCCACGACAGUGAGGAGGGGUCAGUUAUGGGCUUGCGGACCUCCUCUGGAGAGGGCAGCAAUGGGAUGGUUGACAAGAGCUGCCCUGCAGCUAGCAGCACACACCGUAGAACCAGCCGUGACAGAGUCAAGGCCAAAGAGCACAGGCCUGUUGAGCAGGAAGUUGUAGCGGAGGUUCACACGCCGGUGCUAAAAGCCACUGCGGGAGAGGCUCUUGGCGCCCCUCCGGUUGUCUUGGCAAGUGGACAGCUAAAUGCUCCUCAGAGCGGUGCAAAAUCAGUGCCCCCACAAACCCACCCAGAGACCACCAGGCAGUCGACUCCUGUGUCAUCUUCAACCCCAACAAAAACAGUGGAGGAGAGCCCUCAUCACAAAGGACCAGAAGCCGCCACUGACAGCAAACCCUCAAGCCAGUUACCGCCAGAUCUAGCAAGUACUAGUUCAAUCAAGAAGCAGGUCGAUAACCAACCACUAAUUAGGCAGCGUCCUGCAGAGCUAGCUAAAGCAGAGCGACCUGAACCUGAGGGAGAGGUGGCCACUGAAACCUCGGUACUAACUUGUGCUCAGAAUCUGCCAGCUGACAUUUCAAAAGUUGAGCUGGCCUCUGCUGCGUCCUCAGUGGAAGGUGAGACUGUCUUGCUGGAGACCUGCAGUCUAAAAACACCUCUGACUCUGACCUCGUUCCCCAACUCCACCAGUACACCCCUCUCAGAAAGCUCCACGGAGGCCCAGCACCAUGAAAACGGAGACCUGGGCCUACCAGCUGAGACCAGUCCAGACAUGCAGGAGCUCCAGCGUCUCGCGGCGGGGCUGAUCACUGAGGUCAUCUCGGCAGCCACCCAGGAGGUCAUGGCGGUCAGCAGCUGUGAGUCCCGGUACAGCAAGGGCCCUGAAGAGGCCAACAGCAGCACGCCGGCUGUAAAUGGUAAGGAAGUAGAGUCGUGUGUACCUCCUGAAAGUACAGAAAGUGAAGAGUCUCGGGCGGCGCAGAUAGCGGAAGAGAUUGUCAACGGUUGUCUGGCACCUUCGCUCUGGAAGAUGCCAGAGAAUGAGAAGGAAAAAGCCUUGCUGACUGUGCCGUCUGGGGGACAGUUGGAGUCAACGCCAGUUUUGGCCAAGCUGCAGGCAGAGGAAGCUCUGGUUGAGGACUCAGGAUGUAGUACGUGCCAAUCUGAGGAUGGCGUCAGCAGUGAGGACCUCCACAGCACGGGAUUGUCCUCGACAGUGUUUGAAAGCAAGGAGGACCUCAUUCAAAUUUCAGGGACUUGUAGGGCCUCAGAGGGUCAUGGAGAUGGACUGCAGGAGAGUCUUGCUCCUCAGGAGUCCCCGCUUACCGCAGAAAACGUUGCUACAGUUUGCGAAGCAGCACGGUUGAAUGGAACAGGCCUUAGGAAUGGCACCACUAGCGAGGUAGACGCUGACCAAUCAGGAGGUUCAGAUGUGAAUAGCAUGGAUUCAGUGGACAGCUGUUCCACCUUGGGGGUGGGAGACGGCCAGCUGAGUGGCAGCCAGACCUGUCAGUCACAGAGCUCAGAGCUUAUUGUGUGGGAGAUUGAGGUGCCAAAGCAUCUAGUGGGACGGCUAAUCGGCAAACAAGGGCGAUAUGUGAGCUUCCUGAAGCAGAGCUCUGGUGCUAAGAUCUACAUUUCAACCCUGCCUUACACUCAAGAGUUUCAGAUCUGUCAUAUAGAGGGAACCCAGCAGCAGGUAGAUAAGGCGCUAGCUUUGAUUGGGAAGAAGUUUAAAGACUUGGACCUGACCAACUUGUACGCCCCACCGCCCCCACCACUAACGCUGCCCUCUCUGCCCAUGACUUCCUGGCUUCUGUUGCCCAAUGGGGUGACAGUGGAGGUGAUCGUGGUGAACAUUGUAUCAGCCGGUCACCUGUUUGUCCAGCAGCACACUCACCCUACGUACCACGCCCUGCGCAGUCUGGACCAGCAGAUGUACCUGUGCUAUUCACAGCCCGGCACUCCCCCAUUACCAUCACCUGUUGAAGUUGGAGUGAUUUGUGCGGCCCCAGCUGUCGAUGGAGCCUGGUGGCGAGCGCAGGUCAUCUCCUUCUACAAAGAUUCAACCGAAGUGGAAAUCCGAUAUGUUGAUUAUGGAGGCUACGACAGAGUCAAAAUUGACACCCUUCGACAGAUCAGGUCGGACUUUGUGACAUUACCUUUCCAAGGAACAGAAGUGUUAUUGGACAACAUUGCCCCACUUCCAGGAGAGGAUCGGUUCUCAGCAGAGGCCAAUUCUGCGCUGGAGGAGAUGACAAGAGGGGUUCCAAUGCUGGCACAAGUCACCAACUACGACAAUAAUACAGGACUUCCUUUAGUACACAUGUGGAACAUGGUGGGAGAGGAGCUGGUCCUGCUCAACCGCACUUUGGCAGAGCGAGGUUAUGGCACCUGGGUGGACAGUUUCUGAUCCUCCAGAGCUCCCUCGCUCUCCUCUCCUCACUCACCUCGUGGCCCACCUGCCCCUUAAUUAUCAUCACUCAUCAUGAAUAUCAGCAGGUCCUGUCCUCCUCACCCCACUGUGUCCUCCACCACCUCCUACCUGAAGUCUGCGUCACUGGCUCUGGGAAUUUCUUUUUUGGUUUGCUGUCCCCUCCAUCCUGCCUUUUCCAAUUUUUCUUUUUCUUUUCUAUCCCCUUGUGAAAGAAAUCAAUGAACUGUAUGAAAGGAAGAAAAAAAUGACUGAACAACCAACAAGGACUGAGGUUUUCUUGACUCUGUGCUCCUGUAAAUUUAAAUAUUGCAACUAAAUAAAGGUUAAUCAUGUUUUCCGUCCGAUCAGACUCCUUCCAGCACAAAAAAAAACAAAACAAAACAGACUGGAUCAUCAUGCCGUGGAUGAAAAAUCUGUAGUAAUAAAAAAGUACAUUUGUGAAGAUAACCAUGGUGCAGUUAAGACUCAGUGUUGUUGCUGCUGAUGUAAUCCUGAGACUUGAGACAUCAUGUUUGCAUUUACGUUAUCACAGCUUCGUCCCAGUGUUUCACUUUCCAGUCAGGUGGGUCUCUGUACAGUCCGGCAAGGAAUCCAUGACCACAGCUCCAUGUCCUUCAUCUCGAUGUCUGUCUGUACAACAGUGUGGCCUUAAGAGGGUAAUACUCAGCCCAUCUUGUGACCUCCCUCUUCACCACACUCUGGAUCUGUAGGAAUCCAACUGCCUUCAACAUCAGUAGGCCUGACACUAAGCAUCACUUCAUUUACUUCACUGAUUCUGUUAAUCCAGGAGACGUCUGUGCCCUCCUGACCUUUGGGCCUUUUUAGGAAAGACUACACUGAGUCUUCAGCCCUAGAGGGACACUAGAGCUUGAAUGGUGCUGCAGUAGAUGACAAAAGGGCCUGUACGCCUAAUUCAUAUCUGUGGAAACACUAAAAGAACGACUACAAAAACCAGAACACUACUGCGUGAUGGGGACAGCGGGGCACUUCCCUUCUGGGUGGAUAAUUUGCAUUCAAUGGGUCUGUGUGUUUUUGUAUGCAUGUAAUUCUGCUCCAAAAGCACGUUAAGUCACAUGUCGCAUUAUCAUCAGUAUGAUGGGCUGCUUGCUUUCGUCUCACUCAAGAUCAUUCUCGCAAUAACAUCACGACUAGUAGACACGUUGCCAUUAAUGUCUCUUUGCAUUCUGUAAAUAACAUGUUACAACUGUGUCCAAUCCCAACAACCCACCCAAUUGGCUCCUAGGAGAAGCUGUCGAGACACCUACCUGUCUUGCAGUAAAGCUUUAAGCCUUAUCCAUUGCUCUUUUUUAUGUUGGUUUUACAUGGGAUGUAAUUAGGUCUGCUUUAUCACUGUAUAAUUUGUUAAAGUAUAAUGCCACAAAGAUUAAUAUUCCCUUUUUUUUUGUAUCUUGUCAUUGGUCAUGCUCUUUAAGUUGUUUAAUGGCUUUUUGGCCAAGGCUCGUCCCUUUUUCUGCUGCUGAAUUAUUGCUAAACUAAUGUUGUUGGACUCCAGAAUGUCUAAGGGCGUCCUUGCAUAGGAAAUUUCCAUGCUUUUAGUUCAGUUAUGAUUGGUUUGAUUAGUUUUGAUUGUUGGCACUGCAGGUAGCUUCUAAUGCUCUUGAUAAAUUGUCCACAGUGUCAGGAAUAAAUAAAAGCUCCCCGUUACUUCAUAUAUUUGUCUUUUCCAGAAAAAUUCUGGACAAAAUCAGAAAUAAUUUUCUUUUUUUACACUUCUAUUUUGAAACGAUAUUACACCCUGCUCACUUAAGUAUUGAGCUUUAAGUAACUGACAGCGUCGGAAAGUAACGUCGACUGAAAGAAAGCAGUUUUAGAUGUCUGUGAGGGGAAUUACACGGUUUUCCACUAUGCUGCGAGGUUUUUCUGUAACAUUUCCCUCACAAGAUCUUGUUUAUGUACUCUCUUACGUUCAUCUCAGGUAUGAGCUUUCAUUUAUUACCUUUUUGUGUUCGAGGAGAGUUAUUAGUCCCAUUCUUUCAUUGAUGUACUUUACCUGUGUGAACGUUCGCGGCCCAUUGUAGGUAUAUCUGCACUACAGUAGGGGAAUGAAUAAGGAACCACACCGACCUCAGAUUCGAAGCGUUUCAUUGUUCUGUCUUUAGGUCUGUGUUUGUUUUACGGUUUAUGUAUUGAUCAAGUCCAGUUAACCUCUGCAUACUCUCAUAUCUUCACUGACAUGGCUUCCUACCACCAGUUCAAAUGUGUACGCAUCCAUGUUCCUACCCGCUCUUGUGUAAUGAGAAAUCACGCUACUUUAGACUUGUCCAAGCGUGUGUAUAUAUAUAUAAGAUGUUUCACUGUACUUUUGUAAAACACUUGGAGCGAGUGUAGGAAGCAAAAGGGAACAUUUUUUUUUUUCCACCUUCCAAAAUCGGUUCAUUUGUUCUCUGUUGGUAGGAAUGGUUUGCAAUGUUUGCUUAGCUAGAUAAUUAAUCAUUUGAUUAUUUAAAUGAGUGUAAGAAUUCCUGCAUAGACAUGUACAGGUCAGUUUUUGCCAGACUCAUUACAAGGUUUGAUUCUUUGGUUGUACAGAUCUAUUGAAAAGAGAAUAAAGUUAUUAAAAACA